CGGAGCGACCUUUCUCCCCCCAGCACCCCGGAGCUGCGGGGCAGAGGAGUGAGGCGCCGGCGAUGGCCACCGUGGUGGUGGUGGAAAUGGAUUCAGAAGCCUCCUGUAGCAUCCCCAACCCCACCUUCCUCUCGCCCAGCCUUUCGCAUCGCUUCCUGGACAGAAAAUUUUACCUGCUGGUGGUUAUUGGCGAGCUGGUGACCGAAGAGCAUCUGCGGCGGGCUAUCGCCAACAUCGAGCGAGGAAUCCGAUCAUGGGAUACAAGCUUGAUUGGAUGCAACUUGGAUCAAGAACUGAAACUUUUUGUGUCUCGCCAUUCAGCUCGAUUCUCCCCUGACAUUCAAGGGCGCCAGGAGGAGCUGCCCCUGCCCUUCUACCCAUGGUGCGGCUGUCUAGGAGCAGCCAGGCAGGCAAGGCUCACUGCGGGCCGUGCUGAGAUAGUGGCAGCCAUGGUGCUUCACCACCCCUGGAAAAAACUGUGUUCUGUUUAUGCUGGAUGUUGUAUUCUGUGCCUUCAAGACUGGCUCUGACAGUGAAGGCGGGGAGAAGAAGAAGCAUGGAGUUUCAUUAUCAGCUGCACUCUCCCCCACAGACUGCUGGAACACAGAACUCCACUGUUGUUGUCUGGGCACAGACGGGGCAGAACACCGCGCUCCUUUUGCUUUUUUGUUAGUUUAGCUAGCUGAGGCAGUCCAAGAUUUACCUGGACUGUUUUUCUUUCCCUUUUCUUGGAACCGUUCAAACCUGAUCCAGACUGGGACCUGGGGAAACACCGAGAGCUCACACUUUGUAGCCUGCCGGGGCCUACUCUGGGCAGCAGCCUUUCCCAGUGCUGGAGGGACUGAUAACAAAGCAACCACCCCCGGGAGAGAUUUUCUGAAUUUGUCAUCUCUUCAAAGGGACAAAUGAGUUUUGUCAUCUGGUAUUGUUCAU